UAUCAACCAUCAACCUGACCAUAGCUCUUCGUCUAACAAUCGGAAAGAAGACCUUAACGACACACGACGAGCCAUGUCUCUACCAGCAGGUCUCGACCUCGGUGCACCAUUGACAGGGGGUCAGACCUCGAACGCGACCCCGUCGACCGCAGCAACUACAACGCACUCGGAAGCCCAUCUCACCGCGCCUCAAAACCAAGUCAUCCAACCUCACAGCGAUGUCGUCUAUACACAACCCAUCGCGGCAUCUCAACCUCCCGCCGGUUUGACUGCCGUUCGACCCCAAGCGGUCCGACGUCAGACCCCUAAACCUCUUAUCCGUCGGACGGAGUCUUCCAUGGUCGAUAACCCCCCAAGCCCGCCGCCUAAAGACAGACGUCCUUUACCUGGAAAGGAGAACGAGGGUAGGGAUAGGAAUGCCGGGGUGAUCAGGUCGGGGACGGCCAUCCAGCCCGAGUACGAGACGGAAAAGGAUGAACCUCUCGGACGACACACGCAAGCCGGUCAAGGCCUAGAUGGGUCGCGAGAACAAGCCGCCGACCGCGCUCAGCCCGCCAACGCUACUUCGAACCACCCUUCCGACCGCCCGUCUACCAACGAAGUGUCCAACACUCUUCCUACUUCCCGUUCCACGCAUCCGGAUGUUCAGGCGGAUACUAUGAAUAAGAUCAAGCAGGAUGGGAGUAGGGAGGAUAGGGAGAUGUUGGGCAGGGAGGUGGAGAAGGCUGAAGCGGAACGGAGGGGAGUCAGGGGGGAUGAGCCGGGUGGGACGAUCGUCGAGGGGAUAGAGGAUGACCAACUCUUCACGUAUAUGCGCCGAUUCGACGAGGAUGUCACCCACACCCUGAUCCUCACCUCGGUCACCCCGCUUCCUUUGGCUCAACCGGAUCUCCGUCGUUCCGUCCUCCCCGACGUCCCGUACAGCACCGACGUCUUCAAAUCCAACCUCGAACGCUUGUACGCCUCCGGUGGGACUGGCAUAUACCGCGGUCUGGGGGAGAUCAACCGACUGCGCUCGUGGAGCCCUUCAGAGAGACGGAGGACGACGUACUUUUGCGCGACUUAUUUCCUCGGAUGGGUCCUAGGGUUGGCGAUCCCUACGGUCGUGGGGUUCAUCAUGUUGUUGAUCGUCUCGCCGGAGAGCAGGUUGAUCUUCUUCCCACCUGUCGCACCCAAAAAGGGGAUGCCGCCGAGUGCGUUUGAUCCGACCAACUCCAAGGGGGAUGAGACCUUUUUGGGAGGGACGGAUAGCGCGGUGACGCACAAGAGCGUGGCGGAGCAGAAGGAAGAGGCCGCUUGGGAGUUUAGAAGCCUGGUCGAGACGUUCAUGGUCAAGGUCGCCGUGUCCACCGGCAAGACCCCCAACGCGGGCAAUUCCAAGGUCGGCCACAAGGAAGUCGAAACGGAUUCGGACGCCACGUCGGUCACUUCGAUCGACUCGGACGACGAUUUCCUCGACGCUCGUGCUGACGCCCAGGCAGACAACCAGGAUGCUCCGGCGAUCACUUCGGACAUGUACGCUCCCGGUGAACAUCCUACCGAGUUGAUCAGGCAGAACAAGGCCUCCAGGGGGAUCUAUGAUAAUGACGAUACCACCGACGCGGGUCUGACGGGCAAGACCAAGAUGGUCAAGGAUAAACGAACCGGCAAAAAGGUUGAAAAGCCCAUGAGCGAAAAGCAGAGGAAAAAGUUCGAGGCGAAAGAGGUCAAGGCGAAGAGGGAUCAGAUGGUUGGGAGGUAUUUGAAGUUGGUGCAGGAUGGAUUGGGGGAUGCGGCGGAUUUGACCGAGAUCAUGGUCAAUGCUCUCAAGCCCCCUCCUCCUUACCCCCCUUCGAUCAACAUGGCCCGUUACAAAAUUGCCGGGGCCAUCUUCCUGCCCAUCCUGCUCGCUACCGCCUUUGUCCCAUCAUGGAUCUGGGCACGUGGAGCGUCGUUCCUACUCGGUUUCCUCUUUUUCGGUCAACCCCUCAUGGAUCGCGGGUUCGUCUUGUUGAAGGAAAAGGUCCCAAACUGGAUGGAACUGCUCGAUCUCCGCGCUUCAUUGCUCUUCGGUGUACCUACUAACGAUCAACUCGUGCUCCACCUCUUGCGGGUCGGAGAGCACGAAGGCCAUCCCUUGCCUCGUCCGCCUCCACCUCCUCUCGAGGGGACUCCCAAGGAACACAUGGCAGACAAUGCUCCCGAUCCAGAUGCCGAGCUCGUCGACGACGAGGGCAACCCCAUGGACGUUGACGAUCUCGGUGCCAAGGACAAGGCGAUACACAAGUCCAAGAGCAGGAUCAUCGGAGGUCUAAAGAAGAUGAGCAAGCGGGUCGCGGGGAUCGGAGCGGAUGUCACCGUGGAUGGUGUCAAGAAGCAGGUCGGGGGCAAGGUCGAUCGGCUGAUUUGGGGCGCUAUGCUCAAGGAUGACGGCGACCCAGAGUCCUACCCGUGCAGACUUGACGGAAAGAACGGACACCUCGUCCUCGACCCGAGGUCCGAAUGGGGCGUUCCGACCAUCACCUUCAACUCGGCUACCAUCGGCGACAAGCACGAAUUCACGCGCGACAUCAAUGACAUUGUCGAGAUCAAAAAGGUUGGCGUCUCGGUUCCGCGUGCUGUACUCGGUUGGGCGAGCGGGGCGGAUAUUGAAUCACAGACUCUGCUCAUCCGGAUGAAGACGUCCGGCGAGCGGGCUCAGGACGAUAUCAACCACGCUAAGGAAGUCAAGGGAAUGAAUUCGAACGAGGGCGAUUCGUACGAGUUUUUGGCGGUCGGGAGGAGAGACCAGUUGUUUGCCCGGCUGAUCAGUAUGGGUCAUCAACGGUGGGAGAGCUUGUAGUCGGCCGACUCGGUUCCUCCAGGGCCGGCAGAUCUGCAUUCGGUCGAAAUAAACUUGUUGAAAGAUAGCAGGAGCCAUUUAUACAUGGAACAUGGUGGGCAUCGCAUGAAAUGGUCAUCUGAUA